AUGGUUUUGGGUGGCCUAAGGAUUUUAAUAUUUCAGAUUGUGGAGAAUCUGAAGACAGCAGGGAACCAGCAGGCCUCUCCCUCUGCAGAUGUGUCCUACGCUGGCCCCACAGAUGUGGCCUGUGAUUUCUGCACAGGGACUCAACCCCACAAAGCCCUUCUGACCUGUUCAGUGUGCCUGGCCUCCUACUGCUCCACUCACCUCCAGCCUCACUACACUGUUCUUGUGCUGAAGAAGCACAAGCUGGUCUCUGCCACGGCCCGACUGCAGGAGAAGAUGUGCUCCAGUCAUGACAAGCUGAUGGAGGUGUGCUGUCGUACAGACCAGCAGUGUAUCUGCUAUCUGUGCACCAUGCAUAAACAUAAGGGCCACGAUACAGUGUCGGCUGCAGCAGAAAGGGCUGAGAUACAGAAACGGCUGGAUGUUAGUCGCCAGAAAGCCCACAGAGUCCAGGAGAGAGAGAAGGAGAUUAAGAAGCUGAGACAGGCUGUGGAGGAUCUGAAGAGCUCUGCACAGACUGCAGUGGAGGACAGUGAGAGGAUCUUCACUGAGCUGGUGGCCUCCAUUGAGAGGAGGCGCAGCGAGGUGAAGGAGCUCAUCAGAGCCCAGGAGAAGACUGCAGUCCGUCAGGCUGAAGAGUUUCUCCUGCAGCUGGAGGAGGAAAUGGAAGAGUGGAGGAGGAGCGAUUCUGAGCUGGAGCAGCUGUCACACACUGACGACCACAUCCAUUUCAUUCAGGUUCCUCUUCUCUUGGUUCCACCGUGUGAGAGAGGCUGUCAGUAA